AUGAAACAUACGAACAGAGAAAUCGAAUUUUCAAUAUGGCAAUUAUUUGCACUUAUUAUUGCAGCUAUAGCAUGUUUAUUCGCUAUAGUACCAUUUAUUUUUCAAUAUCGAUUGAAUAAAUGUGAUUUCAUAAAGAUAGAAAAUCCUGUUGAACCUCAAUCUUAUAAUUCUGAUGUUUCAUCGGAUUAUCAUCGAAGAUAUGUUCGAGAUGUUAGCAAUCGUGAUCAAUGUAGUAAUGUUCCACCUAUGUGUAGUGCUACAACAACAUUGACUCCUGGUACAACCGUAUCUUCAAUCAGAACAACACGAAGUACAGUUGAUACUGUAUCAGUAACACGACCAGGUAUUACUAAUUUUCCUACACAAUCACCAACGACUACAAUAGAUCCGUGGGCUAAUACUACUCGACCAUAUAACUCUUGGCGUUUACCAACUUUUGCAAAACCUAUUGAUUAUACAUUACAUUUCGUUUGCCCUAAUUGCUAUUCAUGGAUGGAGAGUAUACCUAUAACUACAUUCUAUGGAAAAGUAUCUAUUCAAAUUAAUAUUUUAAAUAAUACUCAAUAUCUUGUACUUCAUGCUAAAAAUCUGAAUAUAACAACAGCAAAAUUAAUUGGUGGUAGUGGAAGCACAGCAACAAUAACAUAUUUACCAGAAUAUGAAAUGAUUCAUCUAUAUUUUGGUCCUACAUCUAUUAGUGUUGGUACAAUUACUCUUGAAAUUGAUUAUACUGGAGAAAUUAAUGAACAAGAUAAUACAGGAUUUUAUCGUGAAUGGUUUUGGAAAUCAAUUGGCGAAUUAAGCUAUUUAUUAGCUGGUAAUUUUCAACCAACUCAUGCACGAAAAGCAUUUCCAUGUUUUGAUGAACCAAGUAUGCAAGCAAAAUUUACUUUAACAAUUGAACAUCCACAAAGUUCAACUAUUGCAUUAUCAAAUAGUGCUGAUGUGUUUCGAAAUGGAUCAAUGACAACAUUUGGAGAAACAUCAAUUAUUAGUACUUAUUCAUUGUCUUGGGCUGUUCUACCUUUAGAUGAAUUUAAAUCAGCAACACGAAAUUUUUCAACUACUCAAGUUAAUAUUUGGGUUCGACCAGAAUUAAUUGGUGAAGCAAAUGAACAUUUAAAUUGGACAUUUGAAACUAUUGGAAAGACUCUUGAAUAUUUGAAAACUUAUCUAAAUCUAUCAGAUGAAAAUAUACCAACUAAACUUGAUUUAAUUGGUGUACCUGAUUUAAUUCUUGAUGAAAAAGCUUCAGCAUCAUGGGGUCUUCUAACAUUUCGUGAAGAACUUCUUAGUACUGAUAAAAGUUUAAAUUCUGCCGAACGAUUACAAACAACAACAAAAGCAAUUGUUGAACAUAUUAUACAAAUUUGGUUUCAAACAACGGAUUGGUGGGAUAAUAUAUGGUUUGGUAAAUCACUCUCAUCAUAUCUUGCUUAUAAAAUGAUUGAAGAAAAUUAUCCAUCAUUUAAAUUGAUGGAACAAUUUCCUAUACAAGAAAUGGUUCCAUUAAUGAUGGAUGAUUUUAAACCUAGUAUAUGGCCUGUAUCAAAUAAAGAUUUAACAAAUAAUGCACAAAUUCUUGAUUAUUUAUCAGUAAAUAUUUAUAGUAAAGGUGCUUCAUUUCUUCGUCUACUUGAAUAUAUUAUUGGUAAUGAAGCAUUUCAAGCCGCUGUUAUAGAUAUUCUAUCAAUAAAUGAUGUAUCAAUGAUAAUUAAAACAUUUUAUUCAAAUCUUGAUUUUUCUCAAAUAUUAAAUACAACAGUUACGCCAGAAGAAUUUCUUCGUUCAUGGCUUGAAGAAAAAAACUAUCCAUUAGUAACUGUUGAUCUCAUAACAAGCAAUGAUACAAUAAAAAGUACAAUAAUUAAUUUUCGUCAAGCACGUUAUUAUGGUUCAUUUGCAUUAAAUAGUAAUUCAUCGAAUCCAAAUUAUGUUUGGAAAAUUUAUAUGGAAUGUGAUUUAGGUGGUGCACGUGAUGGAAAUUCUUGGAAUUUAACUGCUAAUCUUGCUUCAUCAAGAAUAAAAUUUAUGUUCGAAUCAUUAACUCAUACAAUUGAAUUAUCAAAUGAAGAAUAUGCAUGGAUAAAAUGUAAUAAAGAUUUUUAUUCAUAUCAAGUUACAGAAUAUAAGGCACAUAAUGCCGAUGUUUAUGAAUUAUGGCAACAUUUUGUAUACUUAUUUGAUCAAAAUGUACUUUCUAACAAUGAUAAAGCUAAUAUACUUAAUGAUGCGUUUAUUCUUCCACACGGCGGUGAAAUUGUUAGUUAUGAUGAAACAAUAAAUCUUGUACGCGAAAUAAUUGAAGAUCCAGUAUCUUUUUAUCUACCAUUAUCUGUAUUUGUAUGGCAUUGGAAUUAUUUAAUGAGUAUCGAAGAACAUUCAAAAUAUUUUUGGAAUUUUAAACAAUUUGCAACCCGACGUGUUUUGGGUUUUUACGAAAGCGAUAUCGAUUCACUUCUUACUACAGGAACAAAUCAUCAAGAAAAAUUACUUAAAUCAAUGUUUUUCGAAUUACUUUGUCGUGUUCAAAAUACUGAAGCAUUAAAUAAAGCUACUGAACUUUUUCGUCGUAUUCCAUCAAGUUAUUUUUACAAUUCAAGUGGUGAUACAAAUGUUGAUCCUGAGUUUUUAUCAACAGUUAUUUAUUAUCAUGUACAAAAUGCAAAUGAUAUAGAUGAAUGGGAUUCUUUAUGGAUACAUUUUACUGAAAAUUUAAACAUAACAUCACAAAGACGUAUUACAUUUUUACGAGCUCUCGGUGCAGCAAAAGAAAUUUGGCGUCUUAAAUCUUUAUUAGAAAGUGCUGCUGAUAUAAAUUCAGAUUUAAUAGAAACACAAGAAUUUUUUGAUUUAAUUAUUUCAAUAAGUCAAAAUCCAAAUGGACGUGAUAUUGUUUGGAAUUUUUAUCGUCAUAAUUAUCUGAAUUUACUCCAUAGAUUUGGUAGAACCAAUCGUUUAUUUAAUCAAUUAAUUGCAAAUAUUGCUCAAUCAUUUGAAAAUGAGUAUUAUUAUCACGAGAUGAUUAUUUUUGUUAAUCAAAAUCCAAGUCCAUCACAAUUUCAACAAUUAGCUAUUGAUCAAAUUCUAAUGAAUAUUGAAUGGCUUACUAAUGGCAUGGCUAGAUCUCUUGAUGAUGCUAUAUCAGGUGCUGAUAAGAGUGGUUCGAAAAAGAAAGUUUAA